AGCUCUAUGCCGAGAUCUAUGGGGCAGGGAGGCUCUAUGGGCGGAUCUAUGGGUCAGGAGGGUUCUAUGGGGGGAUCUGUGGGUCAGGAGGGAUCAGUGGGUCAGGAGGGCUCCAUGGGGCGGCGUGUGGGGCAGGAGGGAUCUAUGCCGGGAUCUAUGGGUCAGGAGGGAUCAGUGGGUCAGGAGGGCUCCAUGGGGCGGCGUGUGGGUCAGGAGGGCUCCAUGGGGCAAUCAGUGGGUCAGGAGGGCUCCAUGGGGGAAUCUGUGGGUCAGGAGGGAUCAGUGGGUCAGGAGGGCUCCAUGGGGCGGCGUAUGGGGCAGGAGGGAUCUAUGGGCGGAUCUGUGGGUCAGGAGGGAUCUGUGGGUCAGGAGGGCUCUAUGGGGCGGCGUGUGGGGCAGGUGCAGGCGCAGCUGGGGCAGGGCCGGGCGCUGGCGGUGCUGACUUGGGGGGAGCUGCUCCGGGCCCUGCUGGUGCUCGGCCUGUGCGCCCACCCCCGGCUGCAGCGCGACCCCCAGGCGUUCCUGCUGCUGUCCCGCCGGGCUCUGGGCCGCCGCCUCUGGCGCUCGCUGCUCUCGGUGUCGCUGUGGGGUCACUUCGCUGUGGGGCUCAGCCCCACGGCCGUGGCCGCUCUGGGCCGGCGGCUCCGGGCCCGGGGGCUGCGGCCGAUGCUGGCGCUGCCCAUGGAGGGGGACGCGCCCCACGGACAGGGGGAGGCGCGGCUGCAGCAGAACUGUGGGGCGGCGCUCCGAUGUGUGGGGCUGGCGGCGGCCGCGGGCCCCGAACCCGCGAUGCAGCUGAAGCUGACGGCGCUGCUGGACCCACGGCUCUGCGAGAAAAUCGCGCUGCGAUUGGCUGAGCCGGAAGGGGCGGGGCUGAGCCCGGAAGAGGUGGCGGCCAUGUUGGACGGGCAGGCGCCGGCGCUCGAUUGGCUGAGCCCGGACGAGAACGAGGCUCUGGGGCGGGGCCUGGGGCGGCUGCAGCGCGUGGUGCAGGCGGCCGUGGCCGGGGGCGUGCAGGUGCUGGUGGACGCGGAGCUGUCGCACCUGAACCCGGCCCUCACCUGCCUCACCUGCGGCCUCAUCUGGCGCCACAACCGGGCGGGGCCCCGGCCCUGGGUCUGGCACACCUGGCAGGCCUACCUGAGGCUACGAGCGCUGCCUGGCGCUGGUUUUGGCCGCUCUGGCCCGGCCCGACCCGGGUCUGGCGCUGAUGGUGGCGACGCACAACGAGGAGUCGGCCAUGGCCGCGCUGCGAGGGAUGUCGCGGGUCCCGCCCGGCUCCGUUUGCUUCGGGCAACUGCGGGGGAUGGGCGACAGCCUGAGCCUGGCGCUGGCCUCUGGGGGGUUCCGGGUGUACAAGUCGGUGCCGGUGGGACCCCCCGAAGUGACCGUCCCGUACCUGGCGCGGCGAGCGGCCGAAAACCGCGAGGCCCUGGGCGGGGCCCGGCGCGAGCGGGAGCAGCUGUGGGCGGAGCUCCGCCGCAGGCUCCGCCCCUGGGCGUGAACCCCGAAAUUUCCCAAAUUUUCCCCAAAAUUUUCCCCAAAAAUCCCGAGAUUUGUACGCAAAAAAUAAAAAAAUUUGCAUUGAAAACGGCCAAAAUACGCCCAAAUAUGGGAGUGGGCGGGGCUGUGGGCGGAGCUCCGGUGCAGGCUCCGCCCCUGGGGCUGAACCCCAAAAUUUCCCAAAAUUUCCCCAAAAUUUCCAUCGAAAUCCCGAGAUUUCUAUGCGAAAAAUAAAAAAAAUUGCAUUAAAAACAACCAAAAUACGCCCAAAUAUGGGAGUGGGCGGGGCUGUGGGUGGGGCUAAGCACAGGCUCCGCCCCCUUGGUGUGAAUUCCAAAAUUUUCCCAAAGUUUUCCCAAAAUUUAUCCAAAAAUCCCGAAACUUCCAACAAAAAAUUUUAAAAAUCGCAUUAAAAACAAGCAAAAUAUGCCCAAAUAUGGGAGUGGGCGUGGCUUAAACACAGGCUCCGCCCCUGGGGCUGAACCCCAAAAUUUCCCCAAAAUUCCCCAAAAUUUCCAUCAAAAUCCCGAGAUUUCUACGCGAAAAAUAAAAAAAAUCGCAUUAAAAACAACCAAAAUAUGCCCAAAUAUGGGAGUGGGCGGGGCUGUGGGCGUGGCUUAACACAGGCUCCGCCCUCUUUGUGUGACCCCCAAAAUUUCCCAAAAUUUCCCAAAAUUUCCCCAAAAUUUCUCCAAAAAUCCCGAGAUUUCUACAAGAAAAAUAAAAAAAAUGGCAUUAAAAACAACUAAAAUAUGCCCAAAUAUGGGACUGGGCGGGGCUGGGGGCGUGGCUAAGCACAGGCUCCGCCCCCUUGGUGUGAACCCCGAAAUUUCCCAAAAUUUCCCCAAAAUUUCCAUCGAAAUCCUGAGUUUUCUACGUGAAAAAUAAAAAAAAAUCGCAUUAAAAACGGCCAAAAUAUGCCCAAAUAUGGGAGUGGGCGUGGCUAAGCACAGGCUCCGCCCCCUUGGUGUGAAUCCCAAAAUUUCCCAAAAUUUCCAUCGAAAUCCCGAGAUUUCUAUCCGAAAAAUUAAAAAAAUUGCAUUAAAAACGGCCAAAAUAUGCCCAAAUAUGGAAGGGGGUGGAGUUAUGGGCGUGGCUAAGCACAGGCUCCGCCCCUGGGCCUGAAUCUCAAAAUUUCCCAAAAUUUCCCCAAAAUUUCCAUCAAAAUCCGGAGAUUUGUACGCGAAAAAUAAAAAAAAUCGCAUUAAAAACGGCCAAAAUAGGCCCAAAUAUGGGAGUGGGCGGGGCUGUGGGCGUGGCUAAGCACAGGCUCCGCCCCUUGGCGUGAACCCCAAAAUUUCCCCAAAAUUUUCCCAAAGUUUCCCCAAAUUUUAUUCAAAAAUCCCGAAAUUUCCAAAAAAAUAAAAAAAAUCGCAUUAACAACAACCAAAAUACGACCAAAUAUGGGAGUGGGCGGGGCUGUGGGCGUGGCUAAGCACAGGCUCCACCCCUGGGCGUGAAUCCCGAAAUUUCCCAAAAUUUCCCAAAAUUUCCCCAAAAUUUCCAUCGAAAUCCCGAGAUUUCUACGCGAAAAAUAAAAAAAAUCGCAUUAAAAACAGCCAAAAUAGGCCCAAAUAUGGGAGUGGGUGGGGCUGUGGGCGUGGCUAAGCACAGGCUCCGCCCCCAGGCAUGAUUUCUAAAAUUUCCCAAAAUUCUCCCAAAGUUUCCCCAAAAUUUUCAUCAAAAUCCCGAGAUUUCUACGCGAAAAAUAAAAAAAAUUGCAUUAAAAACAGCCAAAAUAUGCCCAAAUAUGGGAGUGGGCGGGGCUGUGGGCGGGGCUAAGCACAGGCUCCGCCCCUGGGGCGUGAACCCCAAAAUUUCCCAAAAUUUCCCCAAAAUUUCCAUCAAAAUCCCGAAAUUUCUACGCGAAAAAUAAAAAAAAUUGCAUUAAAAACAGCCAAAAUAUGCCCAAAUAUGGGAGUGGGCGGGGCUUAAACACAGGCUCCGCCCCCAGGCGUGAAUCCCGAAAUUCCCAAAAUUUCCCCAAAUUUUCCCCAAAAAUCCCGAGAUUUGUACGCGAAAAAUAAAAAAAAUCGCAUUAAAAACGGCCAAAAUAUGCCCAAAUAUGGGAGUGGGCGUGGCUUAAACACAGGCUCCGCCCCCUUGGGGCGAAUCCCAAAAUUUCCCAAAAUUCCCCCAAAAUUUCCAUCAAAAUCCCGAGAUUUGUACGCGAAAAAUAAAAAAAAUCGCAUUAAAAACAGCCAAAAUAUGCCCAAAUAUGGGAGUGGGCGUGGCUAAGCACAGGCUCCGCCCCUGGGGCUGAACCCCGAAAUUUCCCAAAAUUUCCCAAAAUUUCCAUCAAAAUCCCGAGAUUUCUACGCGAAAAAUAAAAAAAAUCGCGUUAAAAACAACCAAAAUAGGCCCAAAUAUGGGAGUGGGCGGGGCUGUGGGUGUGGCUUAAACACAGGCUCCGCCCCUGGGCGUGAACCCCAAAAUUUCCCAAAUUUCCCCAAAAUUUCCAUCAAAAUCCCGAGAUUUCGACGCGAAAAAUAAAAAAAAUUGCAUCGAAAACAGCCAAAAUAUGCCCAAAUAUGGGAGUGGGCGUGGCUAAACACGGGCUCCGCCCCCCAGGUGUGAACCCCAAAAUUCCCCAAAAUUCCCCAAAAUUUCCAUCAAAAUCCUGAAAUUUCUAUCCGAAAAAUAAAAAAAAUCGCAUUAAAAACAGCCACAAUAUGCCCAAAUAUGGAAGUGGGCGGGGCUAAACACAGGCUCCGCCCCUUGGGCGUGAAUUCCAAAAUUUCCCAAAAUUUUCCCAAAAUUUUCCCAAAAUUUAUCCAAAAAUCCCGAGAUUUCUACGCGAAAAAUAAAAAAAAUCGCAUUGAAAACAAGCAAAAUAUGCCCAAAUAUGGGAGUGGGCGGGGCUUAAACACAGGCUCCGCCCCCUUGGUGUGAAUGCCAAAAUUUCCCAAAAUUUCCCAAAAUUUCCCAAAAUUUCCCCAAAAUUUCCCCCAAAAAUCCUGAGAUUUCUAUGCGAAAAAUAAAAAAAAUUGCAUUAAAAACAGCCAAAAUAUGCCCAAAUAUGGGAGGGGGCGUGGCUAAACACAGGCUCCGCCCCCUUGGUGCGAAUCCCAAAAUAUCCCAAAAUUUUCCCAAAGUUUUCCCCAAAUUUACCCAAAAAUCCUGAGAUUUCUACGCGAAAAAUAAAAAAAAUUGCAUCGAAAACAGCCAAAAUAUGCCCAAAUAUGGGAGUGGGCGGGGCUGUGGGCGUGGCUAAACACAGGCUCCGCCCCUGGGGAUGAACCCGAAAUUUCCCAAAAUUUCCCCAAAAUUUUCCCCAAAAAUCCCGAGAUUUCUACGCGAAAAAUAAAAAAAAUCGCAUUAAAAACGGCCAAAAGAUGCCCAAAUAUGGGAGUGGGCGGGGCUGUGGGCGGGGCUUAAGCACAGGCUCCGCCCCCAGGCGUGAUUUCUGAAAUUUCCCAAAAUUCUCCCAAAGUUUCCCCAAAAUUUCCACAAAAAUCCCGAGAUUUCCAUACGAAAAA